AUGGAUGACGUGAAAGUAUGUCGUAUAUGUUUGGUAAUGGAUGUCAAAAUGCAGCACUUGCAGUCAUAUCCCUUAAAUACAUAUUUAGAGCCCCUGUUAUCGGGAAGCAAUUUAAUGACAAUUAGUAACUCUCCACCCUAUGCCUGUUAUGAAUGUGCUGAGUUAAUAAAAAAGUUUUACUUUUUUAAACAAAAGUUUCUCAGAAGUCAAGCUGUACUCUAUGGAUUAAUAGAUGUCACUGGAAAGGUGAUGUCUUUGGAGCUAAAACAAAUAGACCGUCAAGGUCUACUGUUAUCUUCAAAUCUCUCAAAAGUUUCUGUUACCAUAGAGAACAUUACUUACUCUGAUGCUCAUGUUAAAGAAGAAACUGAGAAUGAAGAUGAGAGAUCCAAUAUAUACAAAGCAGGAAGCAUUAAUGGAGAUGAAUGUGAACUUUUGUGUCCUGAAAGAAGUUUAUCUAGCGAUGAUGAUGAACCACUCUCUGUACAAAAGAAGAAGAAGAUUGAAGAGAGCAAGGAGUGUAAGAAAGCAGAAACUGCUAUAGAGGGAGAAUUAGAAGAGCCUCUUUGUAAAAAUGAAGAAUUAGAAGCUACAGAUGAUGUGACAGACGCGUGCAGUCCAGUAGUAAUCGUAAGAAAACGAGGCCGGCCUAAAAAACAUGAAGCUUCUAAAAAAAGAAUCAAGCGGACUAUUAAAUCCCCAUAUAAUGAUAUUGGCCUUGACUUAGGAGUGGACAUCACUGUUAUUAAUUUAUCGGUUGAAGAACAACUAGAAGAGAUAAACAAAAGGAAAGAGACGUCAAACUACCUGAAUUCUCCGUACCAGUGCAAUUUGUGUUACAAAGGCUUCAUCGACACCCAGGCCUGGAAGCACCACGUCAGUAAACAUUCCUUGAGUGCGGGGGAUGUAGAAUGUCCAAUAUGCAAGUUCAGGUUCAAAACUAAACGCGCCCUGCAGAAACAUUCGUCUAUUCACGAGAAGAAAUACGCUUGUAAAUCCUGUCCCUACAUAUCAUCCAAUACGACCCAGGCAAAGCAACACCAAGGCUGGCACAAAGGAGUGACAUACAAAUGCAAGUUUUGCGCGGAUAUAUUCACUGUGUGGACGUCAUACAUGAGCCACGUGCGAAUAAAACACCCGUCGGAGUUCAUCUGCGGCAUUUGUGGUUACUCGUACAUCAGCAAGUUGGGGCUCGCUAUGCACAAGACCAUGAUGCACAAAGACAUUAUGGAGAAAGGUGAAACUGUAGAAGAAGAAGGCCCCUACUGCGAAGAAUGUGACGUGAAGUUCGUGUCGGUGGAAGCGUUCAAACGACACAUGGUUAUGUCUACUAAACACACGAGGAGUACAAAAACUAUUAAUGGUUGUCGUACAUGCGGUGAGACGUUCAAGAACGCAGAAGACUUGAGGGUCCACCACCGUAAGGAACACGCAAGGAAAAGACCCAAGAAUUAUGGGAAGAAACCGCCUAAUAUGAGCUACCCUGCUAAGUGUGAACACUGUUCAGAAGAAAUUCCCAAUGGUCGCGAGCAUUGGUUCCACUACCGACGCAUGCACCCCGAUAAGAAGUAUCCCAUACAGAAAAACUACGUUUGCGACAUAUGCGGCAAGAGUUUUAGAGCCAAUGCAUUCCUAGUAUAUCACAAGCGUACCCACGCAGAAGAGCGAGCGUUUAAAUGCAACCAGUGCGACAAGGCGUUCUUCAACCGAACCAACCUGCAAGUGCACCAGAAGACCCACAGCGAGACCAGGCCGUAUCCCUGCUCCGUGUGUUUUAAGGCCUUCAAGUGUAAAGGGGCGCUUAACCGACAUUUUAGGAGCCACACGGGCAACAAGCCGUACGAGUGCGAGGUGUGUGGCAAGGCGUUCACGCAGUCCAACAGCCGCAAGGUGCACGUGUACACCGUGCACCUCAAGCAGCCCGCGCCCUACGUCAGCCGCAAGCGCAACAAGCUCGCCGACAAGGAGCCGCAGUCGCACACGCAGUUCCUCUACUAA